AUGGGCUACAACAAUUUCCCACGACCCAUUGGCCGCGUGCGCCCGACGCGUGGCGGGAUCUCAGCGGAUCCGCGACGUGGCCAGUAUCUUUGUCUAGGGGCCGUCGGAUGCGCGGGAGCGACGGCUGGGAUUCGCGAGCCCCGACUUUUGUUUUUCUUCGUCUCUCUCUUCGCGCGGCUGAACUGGUCGCCCUUGCAGCGCUUUGGUAAUUCGUACGGGUCCUUGCGGCCGAGAAAGAAUGGCCCAUCCCAUGCAACACACAUUAAAGGUGGUUUGUUGGUUCGUAGCUUCGUUCGUUCGUCUCAUUGUUGCCUUCUUUCUGGUGGGAUAGCGCUUUUUCUCCUUGAAGAGCUCUCGUUGCUUCCAAAUCUACUGUCGAGAGAGAUGCUUCAGCUGGCGGACAAGGAAUGCUCCGCCGGCACACCCAGCGCUGGAAGUGGCGAUGGCGAUGACUCCUCCACCGGAGCGGGCGAUCAGGAUAUUUCUUCGUCGUUUCACAAAGGUGGACGAGCUCGAGGACGCGGAGGCUCUUCGUCCAGGUCCAAGCCCUCGGACAGGCAUCCAGUUUACAUCGGUGUACGCCGACGCAGCUGGGGGAAGUGGGUGUCCGAGAUCCGGGAGCCGAAGAAGAAGAACCGGAUAUGGCUCGGUUCCUUUCCAACACCGGAGAUGGCUGCUCGGGCUCACGAUGUUGCUGCUCUCUGCCUUCGAGGAGAGGACGCUCACUUGAAUUUUCCGGAUUCAGUCCACACUUUGCCUCGUCCUGAGCGUUUGUCGCCGAAAUGUAUCCAGGAAGCAGCUACAUCAGCAGCAAUGUCUUUCCAGGAUAGACUUCUUCCAUACACUGCUCCACAGCAGCAGCAGCAGCAGCAGGAACAGCAGGAGAAACCGGACCAAACUGAGCGGCACGAAGAGCAGCAACAGCACCAGCAGCAAAACUCCCAGCAGCCGGCUAAAGUCGUCAAGUUGGAAGUUUCUUCUUCUCCAGGUUCUCGCAGUAAACUCUCCUCUGAUCAUCACCGUCACUCAUCUCAAAUGCAAACGGCGGCUUCUGAUGCUACUGCAGCUGCUGCGGGGGCUUCUCCUCAGACAUUUGAGUACGUUGACGAGGAUUUCAUCUUCAACAUGCCCACCAUUCUAUCCAGUAUGGCUGAAGCACUGGCCGUUCCACUGCCACCACCACCGCAAGAUGAUCGCGACGACAACGAAGAAAAUGCUGAGGACGGCACCAUCUGGGAUCCAUCUACUUGGGAUCGCUACUCUUGAUUCUGAUUCUUUCUUUCUUCCUGGAAUCCUCAAGCUGUUUGUUGCAAAACCUGUAUUAACGCUUUGCUUGUAUGUCUUAAACAGCGAGCUUUCCAUCUGUUAAGACGAUUUGGUACUGCUGUUACUGGCCCUGCUGCAGUGCUGCAAGUGGCAAACAAGAUAAAUCAUCCAGCUUUUCUUUUUGGAAGUUGAUCUUACUUGUUUUAUAUGCCGCCUUCAAGGAUUUGGAGAUCAAGCGCAAAAGUAAAUUAAGUGUGCUAGUCGUCAAUGAUCGCGACAUUCCAAGUUUCUUCCUCUCUAAACCCGUUCACAAUCCUUGGCAUUCCACACCUUCAGUUUUCCAAACAUCAUCUAACAAAUAUAAAUAAAAUGAAAAGCAUUACCUUGGUUA